AUGGCCGGUAAACCCACCCCAUCGGGGAGGGGCCCGGAUGACUAUUGUAGUACGCCCAGUUCCACCAGAACACCAGGAUGGAUGCGAACCGACGACGAAAUAGGACAAACCGUUGUCCUAGUUUUGCGUUGUAAGGUUGACGACGAUCACAUGGAACCAAACGGCUCAUACAGAGAACCUCGCCUUCCUGAACCUUUUAUCAUCGGAAAAACUGUUGAAUUAGCAAUCGGUGUAAAACAAGCAAGAAACGUGAAAGCCUCUCGAGAGGGGCGUGGGUCUCGAUACCUUAUCCGCUCAAACUCCAGAAAAGUUAUCGACAAGCUCAUUACGCUGACGGAACUUACCGACGGCACGCCAAUUGAAAUUUUUCAACAUCCGACGCUGAACACCGUCCAGGGUAUUGUUUACGAACCGGAUUCCAUCUGCACUAACGAAAACAUUAUCGCGGAAAACCUAGCAGACCAAGACGUGCAUGCAGUGCGUCGUAUUAAAAAGCGAACUAAUGGUAAACUGCAGAACACCCCGCUUCUAGUUUUAUCCUUCCACGGAACUGUUCUCCCAGACUACGUGUACUUCGGUUUAUUGCGAAUCAAGGUACGACCAUAUUAUCCAUCUCCUAUGAUGUGCUUCAACUGUGGUAUGUAUGGCCAUCUACGCAAAUCCUGUCAGCAAUCCGGCAUCUGCAUGCGAUGCUCUCAACCAUCCCACCUAGUCGAUGGAGAGCAAUGCGAAAACACACCAUAUUGCUUCCAUUGUAAAAGCGAACACCCCGUUACAUCGCGUGAUUGCGCAAAAUUCAAGGAGGAGGACAAGAUUGUCCACAUGAAAGUUAAUCAAUGUAUCUCUUUCGCCGAAGCAAGACGCCGGUACCUAGAGGAAAAUAGGAGAGAAAAUAUCGCCCGCGUAGUUCAAGAACAGCUGAAACAAGAAAUAGUGACAAAGGACCAUUUGAUCGCAUCUCUUCAAAAUAAAAUAGCCAUCCUAGCGAAAGAACUCGAUUCUUUCAAGUCUGGCUACAAAACAACCUUACUCACUCAGCCGUUAACUCCGAUAGAUGCUCAACCGUUUUCAGAUCAACGCUACUUAUCCUCUACACAACCCGACUUACCCGCAACACCGCAGACUACAGAUCAACGCAACUCAAGGAAGGACAACAGUUUUGUCUCGCCACCCGCAAAAAAAAGAGACAAUCGUGAUAUUGGAUCGAUCAACAACAUUCGCACCAGAAGCCGUAGCAAUAAACGUAUAUUUGAAAUCUCCCCAACCGAUGCAGCCAAGAAUCGUGGAAAACGUAAUUUGCAACAGUCCGGUACGAAAAGCAACACUGGAAUUUCGGACAACUAA